AUGAUUAAAGACAACAAGAUAACCAUUGAAAACCUUAAUUACAAGUUAAUAAAUCAAGUUAAUGUAGAAAAUGAAGCAAAUAAAAUUUGCGAAAUAGAUCAACAUGUAGACAAAACUGCGAGCUACUUAAACUCUGAUGUAGUAUUUGAAAAAGCAGCCUAUGGGAUAAAAAAUUUUAUGAACAAAAGCCAUUCGGCUGAUUCCAUGGAAAAUGGGGAAAUGAGCCCAAAUAAUGUUCUAUUACAAAAACAAAGUGUUAAUUAUGUAAAUAAAGUUAGUGAAGAGACCUUUGACGAAAUAAAUCAGCGGGGCUCUAGGAGUAGUGGUGCCAGCUUCCAUGCACAUAUAAACGAUGAUAUUAUGAAGUAUGUCAAUAACAUAAGCAGGGACAUCAAUUCGGCGAAUGAUUGUGAGAUUGGCACUUGUAAUAAUUUAUCCGAUGUGCACAUGCUAAAUGAUGCGCACAUACAUGAGGGGGAAGGCGUUUGUGACGAUGCCUCCUCCGGUAAAGUGAACCUAGCCACGCUAAACAACGCUACCGAUGGCGACAAUGAUCAUAAUGCUACAUCCAGUAUAAUACAAAAGUGCAACCGCGAAGGACACUUCGAUAGACAUAGCGACGGGAAUCGCGCUACCAGCUCCGACCCGUCGAAUGGGCACUCUGUCGAAAGUAUCAACAAUCUAGUAGAUCCUAUAUCGGGUAAAAGGAUCAUGACGCCUGGAGGAGAUGAAUCACCAAGUAGGCAUGACCACAGUGAAUGCACGCCUACCCCCAUGGAUGAAAAGAUAUUUGAAAGAAGUAAAAAUGAAAAUUCUGUGCUCAACAUGACCAGUAUUCAUAGGGAGAUUAACGUCGACCUUACGAGUACCGAAGAGGAGACACAAAAGGGAAAUCCAGAAAUAAUUCCCCCAGAAGGGAAUAAAUUAAAAAUUUUUAAAAAUUAUUCACACUACGAAAUUAUGAAUGUUUUGUGCAGUAAUUUCGAUAAGGAAAGAUCUUCAGAGUAUUCACUAUACCCAGCUGAUGUACCCCGAAGUGAGAAAAAAAUGAACGAUGAUAAAAAUCUAAAUGAAGAGAACGAAUCGGUGAAGGUAAAAAUAUCCACGCAUGAUGAUCUGCACCCACCCUCAACUGACCAUUCCCAAAUAGUUACCCAUUCAGGGAAUACCAACAGCUCCACCAAAAAAAAGAAAGAAAUUCUACAACUACUUUUACGGAACGUAGAAACAAAGGAACUAGAUGAUAUAGAGAAAAAUUUAUCAUUUUUGAAAAGAAUGCAACAAUAUUUCUAUCAGAAAUAUAUUAACAUAAAAUUCCCGGAUGACUCCAAUGACUAUCACUAUUAUAUACACCUCGACUGGUUUAACAAAUUGAAGGCCUUUAUCUUCACUCCAAAUGGCGAAUUCCCAGGAUGUAUCACAAACUAUAAAUUAUAUAACGCAGAGGAGUCAGACAACGAGUCGUUCAGUUCCUACAUGUUGAACAAAAAACACAUGAAAAGGAAUUUGAAGGAGGGGAAAGAUUAUAUAUGCACCAAUCAGUACAUGUGGAGAUUUCUACACUUCAUGUUCAGAGGUGGACCAUGUAUUAAACGAAAUAGCAAUAAUAUUUAUGACCGCUAUGUCCCCAUUUCAAAUUCUGACCUAAUGAAUAAAAAUAUUAUCUAUUUGAUGGAGCCAAAAUAUGUGGAUAAUUUAUUUUCCACUUUUAACUAUUCAAAAGAGGAGCAACGGGGCGACACCACUCAUUCAGGAAGCAGCUUAGACGGUGCGCAGAAUUCACUUGUCGGUGGAGUAUCACCAAGUGUUAUUUCUUCUCCGUCUUCGCCGAUCACUGCUCAGGCUGCUUCCGCCGGUGAAGCAGUUAGAGAGAAUCGCACCAAACAGUGCGCACAUAAUUAUUAUGAAUUCUUGCACUUUUAUGGGCUGAAGGAAAAGGAAUAUAGCUCUUCCUUUUUUCUGGAGUAUGAUGAAUCUAAUCGAAGAAGUAUGAACAAAAUGAUAAAUUUGAAAAAUAAAAAUUCGUAUGAAAGUGUGUACUCAUUUUAUUCAAAUGAAAAUGACACCCUCAGCGACAGUGCCAUUGUGCAUGAAGACCAUGGUAACAAUACAAAAUGUAACCUCAGUGAAUUAUCCGAAAAGGAAAACCCUUCAGAGAAGGAAAAGAAUGAUAAUAAUUUCAGUGUAUUUUCUGGUCCGAAUGGGACUGGAGUCACAUCUCUGGAAAACGUGCAUGUGAAUGUGAACGUGGGGCGCGCAGUAUUUCCGCCCACACACCUCGCAAGGAAGUUGUGCGACAACGUAAGGAGCACCGCUCUGGGUGAUAACGACGGUAAUAGUAACGAAAAUGGCGGUAGUAGUAGCGGACACCGUGGUAGUGCUGACGGAAAAGAAGGCACUAACAACGGAAACGGCUGCACCAACAACAAUAACAGCAGCAACAGUAAUAACGGUAAUAACAGUAACAACAGUAAUAGCAGUAACAACAGUAACAACAAUAAUAACAGUAACAACAAUAAUAACAGUAACAACAAUAAUAACAGUAACAACAAUAAUAAUAACAAUGAUAAGGACAAAAAUAAUGACAGUAAUAAUAAUGAGGAAAACGCUAAAGAGGAAGACCCGCAAGAGGACCCAAAGGAGCGCGAAGAGGAAAAACAGGAAAGUACGGGGGAAGCGAUCCCCCCGAGAGAUGUGAAGACAGAGAACGAGUCCAACAACGCCACCUCCUACUUCGGCCCCAAGGCAAACAUUAAGGUGCCUACCAUUUUAAGCGGCAACUGUACCUACACAAAAAGUAACGCAAGUAAAGACAACAAUAAUAAAAGUGGAAACCCAAGUGAUAAUCAGCCUAGCACUUCUACCAAGGCUAUUUUAAACUCUCCUCCAAAGAAGAACUCCUUAGGUUGCCAUUCCUCAAACGGAAACGAAAUUUACAAGUCCUGCGAAGAGUACAAUGCUGACAAUGGGGACGAGGCAUCCAGCAAUGGCUAUUUAACCAGCACCGAGACGGAAUCCAAGGGGACAACGGACAACAGCGUUAAAAGUGCAACCAGUUCACCGAAAGAUAAAGAUGAGCCAAAGGAGGGUGCAGGAAAUGGACCAAUUUGUAAAGGGGAAAAUAAGCAGAGGAGGGGUAGUCAUAGCAAUGCCAAUGGGGAUAUCCCCAAAAUUGUCUCCACGGAAAAAAACGGUGUUACUGUCGAUGAAAAAAGGGCUAAAAGGAAAGAAUACGAACAGAAUUUUAAUGCAAACAAACAGCCAACCAAUGGCGGUUCUAACAGGGUCUUGGACAGAUUAAAUACUGCGCUGGACAACGCGAAUUUAAUGCUGAAGGAAUAUAGUAGCUAUUCCAGCAACAGCAGUAGCUAUCGUGGGAGUAGCCGCGGGAGUAGCAUCGAAAGUAGCCAGAACAACAGCAGCAGCGCUAGCAACAGUGGUAGCAACAGUGAAAGGAGCAAUUUUAGCAUUCGCAAUCGUCCCGUUCCGAACCGCAAUAUGUACCAGGAUAAAGAACGAAUGAAAAAUAUUUUAUUAGGAAGUAAUCCUAAGAGAGAAAGUGAAUUCAACAAUAACAGCCUUAGUAUGAUAACGACGAAGGAACAACCAGCCGGACUAGUUAAUUACUCUGCCACGUGUUACAUCAAUGUUGUUCUCCAAUGUCUAGCCGUUCAAUUCAAAUUAAUAUAUACCCUACAAAAUUACGUAAACGUGAAAUACAAGAAUUUAAAUAUUUCUAGUGAAGACACAGACAAUAUGAACUCCUCAUUUAUAAACAAAAAUUUCUUCACCAAUAGUAUCCCAUUUAACCUCUUUGGAAAUAAUAAUAAAAAAAAAGAUGAAGAUCUCUUGCUAUCUUUAUCCAAUAAAUUAUUUCAGUUAAGUAAAAUGCACAAUAAAGGAAAAGUUAUCAAUGUUAAUAAGUUACUAAAUUUGCUAAAUGAUAAAUAUUCAUACCUCUUUGAAUAUAAUGAACAACAAGAUUGCCAUGAAUUUCUUCUUCUCCUUUUUGAUUUUAUUCACAAUAUGAUGAAGGUAGUUGAUGAAUCGGUCGACAAAAAUAACAAAAUUGAUUACUGCUUGAAGAAAGAACAAUCCAUUAUCUCAGAUUUAUUUUUAGGUUUAAUAGAAGAAAAAAUUUCCUGUUCUCAAUGUAGCUAUGUAAACUAUGUGUACCAGCCUGUGUACAACUUAAGUGUUAAUGUAUUUAAAAAAAAUGCAGAGAAUAAUUUAAAUGAUAAUUUGGUGGAAUAUUUUAAAAAGGAGGAAGUAAAUUCUACAUGCGAAAAAUGUAAAUGCAAAAAAAUGUUUAAACACUCCUGUGUGUAUAAACAGCCCAAUGUUCUCAUCGUUCAUUUGAUUCGUUUGUUGGAGGAUGGAUCCAAAAUCGACAACCCUAUAAAAUUCGACCUGAACGAUUUUACCGUACAAAACGUUUUGAAGAAAAAGAAUGGACAAUUUAUUGAAAACCCUAGGAAGUACAGCUUAUUUGGAGUUAUAGUUCAUCGCGGAUUGAACUCGAACUAUGGUCAUUACAUCUGCUACACCAAGAGGAAACACUCCAAUGGGGCCACUGUGUGGUACAAGUUCGAUGACAGCAUAGUGACCGUCGUGGACGUUUCGGAAGUGGAGUCUGCCAAAGCAUAUUGUCUGUUCUACGAAGCUGUUAAUUAA